AUCGCGACUUUGGUCCCACCGGGUUUAUUCGCCGUGAAAUUAUUUUUGUGUUUAGUUUUCUGUGAUUUCUCUGCUCUUCCUGAAUUUUCCUCAUCUGUGAACCAGGCGCAUUUACAAUUCACUCAGGAUGGUCUUCUACUUCACCAGCGAUGUUGUCAACCCGCCGGUUACGCUCUUCAUGGGCUUGGACAAGUUUGAGAACGAGGAUCUUAUUAAAUGGGGCUGGCCAGAGGAUGUGUGGUUCCACGUAGAUAAGAUUUCGUCCGCUCAUGUCUAUCUUCGGCUGCAGAAGGGUCAGACAAUUGAUGACAUCCCUUCGGCCGUUAUUGACGAUGCCUGCCAACUCGUGAAAGCCAACAGCAUACAGGGAAAUAAGAUGAACAACAUUGACAUUGUGUACACAAUGUGGGAUAAUCUGAAGAAGACAGCUGGGAUGGAUGUGGGGCACGUGGCUUUCCAUCGAGACAAGGAUGUGCGGAAGAUUCGUGUGGAGAAGCGCAUUAAUGAAAUUGUCAAUCGUCUCAAUAAGACAAAGACCGAAAGGCAUCCAGAUUUCCGGGCGGAACGUGAACAGCGGGAUGCGGAGGAGCGCGAAGAUAAGAAGCAUCAAAUGCAGCUACAGCGGGAACGUGAGAAGGAGGAAAUUCGCCGGAAGAAGGAAGAAAAUGAACUUCGCAGCUAUACGAGUCUCAUGAAAUCCGAAAAUAUGACCUCCAACUACGAUGCCGGCAAUGAUUCCGAUGAAUUCAUGUGAAAGUCAAUCAUAACGCGUCCAGUUAUUAGAGUUGGUAUACCACAACGCGGAUGGGUCAGUCUAUGCGUUGUAAUUUAAUUUGUAAGUAGGAUUAGUAGGCAAAGUUGAUUUUUUUUAUGAAAUUCAUCAAUAUGAAAGAUAAAAAUGCUCAUAUCUGAAGUUCUAUAAGACCUAUAGAAAAUUCUUGACUAGUUUUGGAAAGGUAUUAAAAUAGGCUAUAAAUUGACAUAAAUUUCAAUAAUUUUCAAAGUCACAUCUAGAACAAAAAUGGCGGUUUUUUGUUUCACCAAAACAGUUUUUUGCACUUUUUGUCCUCAAGAAAUGGUUCUAGAGGUUUCUGAUGUUCUAGAAAGUUGUAGAGAAUUGCAAAACCUUUAAUUUAAUACCAAGAUGAGCAAAAUCGGGCAAGCGGUUCAGGAGAUAUGGCUCUUACAACUUUUCAAAUUCAAGAAUUUUUCAAAUGGCUAUAUCUUCUAAACGGCGACAUAGAUUUUCUUCAUUUUCGGACUGGUGAAAGAUAUUGACUUAGGCUACAACAUAUCAAAAUUUAAAAGAAAUCGAUGAUGGGGAUUCGGAGAUAUUGCCCUUUAAAGUUAGGCAAUUUUUGUUUUUGAUUUUAGCGCCUCUUGCGGAUAUUUUUGGAACUAGGAAUGUUUUAGACAGUUGUAGAGCUUCUUGAAACCUUUCAUUUGAUACCAAGACGGUCAAAAUCGGUCAAGCCGUUCUCGAGUUAUAUCGAAAAAACACUUUUUGCUUUAGACCGCCAUAUUUGCUUAACCGCUUGACCGAUUUUCAAGUAUGAGUUAUCGAUGAAAACAUCUCACUGAGCACUACAACAUACUAAAGUUUCAGACCUCUAGCUAUAAGGAAACUGGUUGACAGUAUUUCAAAAUGGCGGAUGGCGGCCAUCUUGGAUUUUGAAAAUGCAAAAAAAUUAAAUUUUACACCCACAUUUCUAUAGAAAACUUCAAACCUGAAGGCUCUAUCUCUCACCGUUCUCGAGAUAUAAGGCAAAGUUUAGAGUCCCGGACGGCAGGACGGCAGGACGGCAGGCCGGCCGGAUCAAAAAUUUUCCACCACCAUUUUCAUAAUGUGGGAUGUCUAAAACGUGCUCAUACCAAGUUUGAGCCCGAUCUGAAGUGGUCGGUUUUUCCGACGAUUACAAUACUUGGUAUGCCACGAUUGUGGUAUACCAACUAAUUAUUCUUUGCAAAAAAUACUUACAUUUAUCAUGCAUAAAUUGAGGAGCUUUUAUAUUUAU